AUGAUCCUCACAGUGCUGUAUGUGCUCCUGCCUCUUUUAGAUGUGUUGUCUUAUGCUGAGGAGAACCUGCGUGCUGGAGCCAGCCGGCUGGACUGUGUGAGAGCCAGCGAGCAGUGCCUGAAGGAGCAGACGUGCAGCACCAAGUACCGCACGAUGAGGCAGUGCGUGACCGGCGGCAAGGAGAGCAACUUCAGCAUGGUGUCCGGCCUGGAGGCCAAGGACGAGUGCAGGAGCGCCAUGGACGCGAUCAAACAGAGCCCGCUGUACAACUGCAGGUGUAAAAGGGGCAUGAAGAAAGAGAAGAACUGCCUGCGCAUUUACUGGGGGAUCUAUCAGACAUUACAAGGUAAUGAUUUCUUGGAGGAUUCCCCCUAUGAGCACGUGAACGGUCGUCUAUCUGACAUUUUCCGCCUGGCUCCCAUCUUAGGUGAGCCUGCAGUGGCCAGAGAGAAUAACUGUCUGAAUGCCGCUAAGGCCUGCAACCUGAAUGACACGUGCAAGAAGUACCGCUCAGCCUACAUCAGUCCCUGCACCAGCCGCGUCUCCACCGCGGAAGUCUGCAACAAGAGGAAGUGCCACAAGGCCCUGCGGCAGUUCUUUGACAAGGUUCCUCCGAAGCACAGCUACGGCAUGCUGUUCUGCUCUUGCCCGCUCAGCGACCAGACGGCUUGUUCUGAACGCAGGCGUCAGACGAUAGUUCCCGUCUGCUCGUACGAAGAAAAGCAAAAACCAAACUGUCUGGAACUGCAGGCCACCUGCAAGACCAACUACAUCUGCAGGUCACGUCUGGCUGACUUCUUUGCCAACUGCCAGCCGGAGCCUCGCUCGCUGUCAGGCUGCCUGAAGGAGAACUACGCAGACUGUCUGCUGGCAUACUCGGGUCUGAUUGGUACGAUGAUGACCCCCAACUACCUGCGCUCGCCCAAGAUCAGCGUGUCUUCCUACUGCGACUGCAGCAACAGCGGCAACAACAAGGACGAGUGUGACAAGUUCACCGAGUUUUUCACAGAGAACACCUGCCUCCGUAACGCCAUCCAGGCGUACGGUAACGGGACAGAUGUUGGUGUGUGGCAGCCGAUGUCUCCCGUCCAGACCACCACCUCCACCACUACGCCCUACCAGAGGAACCGCGAACGCAACCCCAACACCAUCGACAACAACCACAUCAACACAGACCCGAGCAUCUAUCACUUCUGUGGCAGUCUACAGGCUCAGAAAUUGAAGUCAAACUCAACUGUUGAUGGCGUCUUAUGUGUGGACCCUCAGAUAGACGGUCCGAGCACAUCCAACGCCAUCCUGAAAAACUCAGCUCCCUCCAGACGGCCCGCAGAUCUGGUCUCUCUGCUGCCCCCGCUGCUGUGGCUGUGGUACUGCACCCUGCCUGCGCUGUCCUCGCCGGGCGUCUUGUAG